AUCUGUCUCCUCUCAUGGGACUCGGCCAGUCGUCGCGGUGUUUGCUGCUGCGGCGGAAGAUGGCGGAGGACAGUUCCGAGCGGCAACAGCCAGUCAUGUCCCCCCUCUCCCAGUCUGCCCAGCCCUCCUCCCUCCCUAAACCAGUUCCUAGUUCCCCCCACGUGCCCUUCGCCCCCCUCGCUCCUCAUGCAGGAGCCCCGGCCGCCUGCCCUGGACGAGGGAAGAUCGCCAAGUUCCUCAGCCCGGAGGAAAUGACAUCACGGGACUACUACUUCGACUCGUACGCACACUUUGGCAUCCAUGAGGAGAUGCUGAAGGACGAGGUGCGGACGCUGACCUACCGCAACGCCAUGUACCACAACAAGCACGUGUUCAAGGAUAAGAUCGUCCUGGACGUCGGCAGCGGCACCGGCAUCCUCUCCAUGUUUGCUGCCAACGCUGGAGCCAAACACGUGUACGGGAUCGAGUGUUCCAGUAUAUCUGAAUAUUCAGAGAAGAUUAUCAAGUCCAAUCACCUACACAACGUGAUUACCAUCUUCAAGGGCAAAGUGGAGGAGGUGGAGCUCCCCGUGGAGAAGGUGGACAUCAUCAUUUCCGAGUGGAUGGGCUACUGCCUCUUCUACGAGUCCAUGCUCAACACGGUGAUCUUCGCCCGGGACAAGUGGCUGAAACCCGGAGGCCUGAUGUUCCCCGACAGAGCGGCGCUCUACGUCAUAGCCAUCGAGGACAGACAGUACAAGGACUUCAAGAUUCACUGGUGGGAAAACGUGUACGGGUUCGACAUGAGCUGCAUCCGCAACGUGGCCAUCAAAGAGCCGCUGGUGGACGUGGUCGACCCCAAGCAGGUGGUGACCAACAGCUGCCUCCUCAAGGAAGUGGACAUCUACACUGUGAAGCCGGAGGACUUGUCCUUCACCUCGGCCUUCUGUCUGCAGAUCCAGCGCAACGACUACGUCCACGCGCUGGUCACCUACUUCAACAUAGAGUUCACCAAAUGCCACAAGAAGACCGGCUUCUCCACUGCUCCUGACGCUGCGAGCACACACUGGAAGCAGACAGUGUUUUAUUUGGAGGACUACUUAACGGUCAAGAAGGGCGAGGAGAUCUUUGGCAGCGUAGCUGUCAGGCCCAACGAGAAGAAUGUGCGUGACCUGGAGUUCACCCUCGAGUUGGACUUUAAAGGACAGCUAUGUGAAGCCGCCAUUUCCCACGACUACAAAAUGCGUUAGGAACCUAAAAGAAAAGGGAAAAAAAAAAGCCCUGCUGCGGACUAACUACCUCCCGGCCCCCCGGAGACCACCAGAGAGAGGGGGAGGCUUCCGGCUCCCCAACGAGCUGGUCCGGGAGAGCGGACGGACACAUCUGACCGGACGCCAUCGAAGCAGCAUCCGAAGCCCCUUUCAGACAUUUCCUGAUCUCCAUGAAUCUGGUGACAGCUGAACCCGUCUUGAUCACAUCCGAGAGAAGCGCCUCCCCGUCCGAAGAGCUUUUCGAUAACACUUCUUGAUGAGUUUGAGCUGGUUGUUGCUGCAGUCACAGUAAAUACGGUAUCACGAUCCGCUCCGGUGGAAUCCACCGGAUUCUGUUGUCGAA